AUGUCCGAGAUCGCCUCGCCCUCUCCACCGCCCCGUCCCGCCCAACACGUUCAAUCCCAACUCCUCCCCUCCUCAAUAUUCUCAACUCCUUCCUUCAGCUCGACUCUCCCUUUCCCUCGACCCACAUCGGCAUCUGGCGCGUUCCGUCGCUCUUCGCUGUUGAAGAAGGGGCGUCUGGGGUCAUCCCAGCAUCGGCGACGCACGCGCUCAGUCGCAUCGUCUGCGUCGCAUUCGAGUGAUGGAAGCUUAGGAGACUUCAGUAUGGAGAAUUACACAAUCGAUCUUGCGCAGUUGGGGAGGAAAGAAACGGCGGCACCUCCAGUGGGAUUCGAACAGGCAUUUCAGCGAGAUCGAAGUGAAAAUGAGCAAAAACCUAAGCAGCCUCAGGAGCCAGCAGCUCAGACGCAGCAGGAAGAAACCGACGAGGAGGAGGCAGAGGAUCUAUUGGGUGACUACACGAUUGAUUUAGGAGGCCUGGGAGAUAAGCCAAGUAGUAUGGUGGUCGGAGACGUGGAGAAAGAGAGGGACGAGGUUAGUAGUGAGGAUGAAGGGCCCGAAGAUUUCACCGUGAAUAUGGAGAAGUGGAUGAGAGGUGGCGAAAAGUGGAAGAAGGAGCGACGUGACGAAACUCUUGACGAGGGUGACGAGGCGAACGAAGAUCCGCAGGACUAUACCCAGGAAGUCAGAGUAGACCGGGGGCUACCCGAAGAGAGUGUAUUUGAGCCGCUUGGAACAUCUACGCCUGCACCAUUGAAGAAUCAUGCCAUCAUUGAAGAAGGUGUGCAAGAGGAAGCUAGAAUUCAAGCUCCUCCACUGUCCCGGAUGAAUACCGAGAUGCUCCAGGAUCAGGCUGCAGAGGAAGUAUUUGAGCGCAUCUCGGCGCUGCAGGCGGAAGUGGAGAGAAUGCGCGUUGAAGAUGAGGAGCGUCGCUUGGCGUAUCACGAAAUCGAGCAAGAAAACGAAUUACUUAGAAAUGACAGAGUGGAAUUACUAGAGCGUCACCAAGCCGAGGAAGAGUUGCUGAAAAAGCAGCACUCACAGCUAAGGGAUCAUUGGAAGGAGCAGCUCAGACUCAAGGAACAAGAACUGACCGCCCCUAAUACUCCCAAAGUGGCGUCACUGAGGGCGAAGUUCGAGCCCGCAAUCCAAGAGUUGGCCGCUGUCAAAGCAGACGCGGAGACCAAUAAAAUCGCAGCCAACGACAUGAUCAAGGCUCUUGAAGCACAGCUACAUGCGGCUCGAGAGGAAUUAAAAGAGCACCAAGACGCUAAGGCCUCUAGGAAUGCAGCAGACGACAGGAUUAAGGCUCUUGAAGAACAGCUACAGGCGGCCCGAGAUGAGACGAGACGGUACCAGAAUCAAAUACCAUUAAUCCAGGAAGCCAACGCGGCUACCGUCAAAAGCCUGCGCGCAGACCUUGAGACCAAGAACAACGAGAUUGCGCUUGAGCGAAAAGAGUCCAUCCACCGCGGCAACGAAGCGGCCUCGCUGACCGAGAGCAUCGACCAAAAGGACCAAGAAUUGCGAACGCUCAAAAGCGAACUCAAAGCCAUGAAGAUGGAACUCGACCAUGCGCACGAGCAGCUUGCAGAGACACGACGUAUCGUUGAAACAGUAGAACAUGAGAAUGACCGUCUAGUGCAGCAAAAUGAACGGCAGGCCCGGGACAUUGCGGACUUGGAAGAACGCAUCAACAGCCAAGACGUUAAUGAAGCAACCGCAGAGCCGGUCAAUGAGAAGCGUGGUUACCCUGGACCCGAACAUAUGGAGGCCACCAGCAUUGACGAAGCAUCUCACAAAGAUGCUCUCAAAAGAAUCGAGCAACAUGAGAGCAUGCUUUCUUCGCUGAAAGCCACGCACGCCAAAGAGCUACGGACUCUGCGCUCCGCCCUUCUGAAGGCUGGUGAAGGCAUGCAGAAGCGCGAAGCACGUCUCACAAACGCUCACAGCGAAGAGGUAGUCUCCCUGAACCAGCGGAUUGAAACACUUCAAAACCAACAGACUGAACCCUCUAAGCUGGCUGACCCGUCUAUGGAGAACGAACUUCGUUCUGCUGUUCGUGUGUUGAAUACGAAACUCGAAAAGGCUAAUGCUGCACUCAUAGCAUCUAAAGCAGAGGCAGAGGAAGCGCAGCAGGCAGCUGAAGAUGCACAGAAAACGAACGCCAUCGUCAACGCUGAGCUAGAAGCACGUUUUGCGGAGGCGGUGGAGGACAGAGAGAGAGAAUGGAGACGGAGGGUGCAAAUCCUAUUCCGAGAACGAGAGAAGAUGGGUAAGGCGCUGAUGUGGGGGUGGGGAAGGGAAGAAGAGGGUGCGAAAGGGUCAACGGACCGAGAGCAACCGUAUCGGUAUAGGUUCGUGACGAAGUGA